UCCCCUGAAAUAGACACAGACUAUGCACUGUCUAAGAAAGGACUAUCUGAUGAAAACGAGCAAGAGUACAACUUUACAAGAACACCUGUGAAUGACAGAGUACACAAGGACGUAGCUACACAAGCUUCUAAUGGGAAGUAUCUUAGCACUUACCAUGCGCUGCUCAUAAAGAUGCUUCCCUCAGUGGAUGGAGAUCUUUCCAUUGAGGCAGGCAGGCCAAAUGCACUUACCAAUUUCUUAAGAGCAGAACAUGUUAAGAAGGAUACAAAGUACAUUCUUGCAGCACUUCUUCUUCUCUCAGAAGGAGCUGACAUUAAAAUAAGUGUAGACCACACAGAAAAGAAAAAGAAACUUGUCAUAAAAAGUAAGAAAAGCAAGGAGAAAGUAUUUGUGGACAUAGAAAUGCACACAGCAGGCAUAGACCCAGUUACUAAUGAGCACAGUGAAAACAUCUACCAAAGUGAGGCAGCUGGAGUUGUCAAGUUCUAUAUGCAGUGCAAAGACAAUUCACUGCUAAAAAGAGGAGGUGAGUUUGCAAUGCCAGCCACUAGAGAAGAAUUUGAAAGUGGAAAGUUUCUGAACAAUGCAGCCUUCCUUAUACAGACAUACAUCUACGAGUUCAUUGACACAGCAGAGGAAUACAGGGACUUUGUGAAUGCAGCGCAUGAAUUGCUAAUUGAUCAAGUGGCUGAAAAGGAGAACCCAGAGCAGACUAAGAAGAAGGGCAAGAAGGGCAAGAAGGGCAGAAUAUUUGAUGAGCUUUUCAUAGCAAAAGAAGAACUUAGUAAAAACAUAAAGUACAUUGAAUCAUUCUGUGACCUUGUAAAAGAUACAAAUGAAAAUGCCAGAUUUCCUUUCUGCAAUGCUAGUCAGUUGCCGCGGUUUACUAGAGUGCCGCGUUGUAAACUAGACAAGUCUGGCUUUGAGCAAAAUCAAUCCUUGUACUAUAGUGACUGCGUAGAGUCAGCCCUUCUUGGAUUGUUCUGCUGCCUGGCAUACAACCAAAAGACAGGAAAGUACGAAACCAGUCACAUGAGAACAGAAAUAAGUAAAGAGUUGAGAGAGUUCUUUGAAGAGUAUCCUAAGCCAACAGAAACUACUGACUUUGAAAUGCACAAGGAGUGGAGUAGGGUUGUUGCUUGCUUAAAGAAUAACAAGAUUGACUACAAGAAAGAGAAAAACGAACUUAUAGCUGGGGUUGGAAAUAUAUUCCUUGCUAUUUCAGAAAUAAUAGGCCAGAAGGAAGGCAUACUAGAGCUAGUUAAGUGUAUAGAAUCUGCAUGCAAAGCAAGAAAAUUAGAUAAUAAGCAGGAAGUUUGCAUUUCAAAUAAGAUAGAAUCAAUUAUUAGGUCUUUAUCACUGAAUAAGAAUGUAAAAGUAGAGUGCAGCCAGAUGAAACUUGGGACAAGAUCAAAUGGAAAGGUAGAUAUUUUCUCUAAAAUUAGUAUCACUUAUAUUUUUUAUGAAGGAAAGAGUGGAAUUUCUUUGGAUAUAAAACAUGGGCAUGCUACCAUUACGCUUCUUCAAUCUUUAAAUACUAGCUCUGCACAUAUUAAAGAAGAGUAUGAAAAAGUAAAAAAAACUUACAGUGAUGUAGACUGCUAUAUAGGAUACAUUGCGGUUCAAUAUGUUAGUGCAGAGCUAGAUGCUUUAAGCUCUAACAGUUAUAGUCUCAGUAAAAAACUUGAAAAAAUCGUAGUCUCAAUUAUACAUGAAGAAUCCAAAGAUAUAUCUAAAAUAUUCUUAUUAGGAAAGAUUUCUAUCUUUGAUAUUAAAAAUACUAUUAUAAAGAAAUUUAUAAUUUGUACCCUAGAUAAGGAAGUAGGCCCCAAAAACCCUCUAACCCGAAUUACUGCAAACAUUUUAGGAAGUGUUCCACUCAAUGAUUAUGGAUCAAGAUUUUCAAUGAUGGUGUUCUUUCCAUUUCAUGCAAGCUGGCAGAAACUCUAUCCAAGGCUUGGAUUUAAGCCAUCAGAGCCUAUCCCAAAAGAAGAUCGUAUUUGGAUUCGCCUAUCAGAAAUAGAAACAUAUUUAUACAAUACUCUAAAGCUUCUUUCAGCGACUGCUAUAUCAAAAGCUACAUGCAGCUAUAUUAGAGCAACUAUGCAUAACCCAAGAAUGAUCGAUUCAAGAGUAAAAUUUAUAACCAGACUGCUUCUAAGUUAUCGCGUCAUGCUUAUCCUGAGGAUAGAUAACUUAGUGGAAAUUCAAUCCAUUAUCAAAGAAUCUGCAAAAGCCUACAAUUUAAACUACGUGUAUAUUAUCUGGUUUAUCCAUGCAUGCUCGGAUGAUUAUAAGUUCUCAUUAGAGUCUAUUAAGACAGUUUACGACUUUAUACUCUUUGAUAGUUAUCCAAACCCAUUUAAGUUUAAAAAAAGAAUGUCAGGACCCACGAAAUAUUUUGAAAAAUCUCUAAGCACUUUAAAAGAAAAUAAAACACUUUUCUGCUCGGAGGAUGACAGAAAAAGUAUAGAAAAGUAUGAUGCUGUGUUAGCAUACUUCUUGGAAUACUGUUGGUGGCUCAAGAAACCCAAACCUAAAUCCUCAGCCUGCUGCAGUAUAAGUUGA